CCUUGGAAGGGGGAAGACUUAGAGGUGAGGACACUCGUGUAAAGAUGUCAGACGUACCGGAUAACGCUAAUGAGCACUGCCCAGGCACACAAAGUGAGCAAGCAGGAAAGACGUCGUCAUGUCAGGGCUGUCCCAACCAGAAACUCUGUGCCUCCGGAGCCACCAAGGCCCCCGACCCUGCCAUAGCGCAGAUCGGAGAGAAGCUGUCGACGGUCAAACACAAGAUCCUCGUGCUGUCCGGUAAAGGAGGAGUGGGGAAGAGCACUUUCAGCGCUCACCUGGCUCACGCUCUGGCCAGUGACAGCGCCACAGAGGUCGCCCUGCUGGAUGUGGAUAUCUGUGGUCCAUCGAUCCCUCGGAUCAUGGGUUUAGAGGGAGAACAAGUUCACCAGAGCGGCUCAGGCUGGUCUCCUGUGUAUGUGGAUGACAACCUGGCAGUCAUGUCUAUCGGCUUCCUGCUCAGUAGCCCCGAUGAUGCUGUGAUCUGGAGAGGACCCAAGAAGAAUGGAAUGAUUAAGCAGUUUCUGAGGGAUGUUGACUGGGGGGAACUGGAUUACCUCAUCGUGGACACGCCCCCUGGCACCUCUGAUGAACACCUGUCGAUCAUCCAGUACCUGAGCUCCACGCACGUGGAUGGAGCUGUCAUCAUCACCACACCACAGGAGGUGUCACUGCAGGAUGUGCGAAAGGAGAUCCGGUUUUGUCAGAAGGUCAAGCUGCCGAUCAUCGGAGUGGUGGAGAACAUGAGUGGCUUCGUUUGCCCUUCAUGCAAGAACAUCUCACAGAUCUUCCCUCCCACCACCGGGGGCGCCGAGCGAAUGUGUGCAGAUCUAGAUCUACCCCUGUUAGGAAAGAUACCUCUGGACCCGCGGAUAGCACGAAGCUGCGACGAGGGCAGGUCCUUCCUGAAUGUAGUACCUGACUCUCCUGCUGCUAAGGCCUACCAGAAUAUUGUGCAGAGUAUUAAAGACUAUUGUUCCAACCGGGUGACGGAGGAGCAGAGCGCCGCCUGAGCUCACUGUGACGUGGGCUAUAAUGGACGAGAGCACUGAGAGAGACCACACGAUGAGAGAGUGGUAGAAAUAAUUAACUACUGAAAAAGAAACACACAUACAAAAGCUAAUGUCAUUAAUAAUGCAACAUUCACAAGAACCUGCCAGAAUUAUCUCAACACUUUGGUGAGGUGCUCGAAGUAUUGAGGAGUCAAAAAAAUCUGAAAUAUUGGGUGGACUUAUCCAAAUAAUCUCAAACCACCACUCUGGGGAUAUUCUAUAUAUAACAUUUUUAUACUUGACAUGAGAUAAAUACAAUUUUGAAUUUCUGAGGGAUAAUCAGUGAUUGAUGUAAGGCUAUUUAAAAUGUUUAGCUUAAAGGAUAAAGCUGAUAAUAUUCUUGUUGAUGUUAUUGUCUUACAAAUCCCACGUUACAACCAAAAUCCAACAAUGUGUUGUACUGUUUCUUAACAAUGUCAGCAAUACACAGCUUCACUGUAAGAGGUUUAAAGAGACAGAGAUGCCUACAA